AUGGCAGUGGCCCUGGACGCAAUCCUCGCUCGGAUCAAAGAUGUUUGUAAAAGGAACGGUUUGCUCAUCCUCUCGGUGUUGUCCGUCACCAUCGGCUGCCUCCUGGGAUUCUUCCUGAGGACGAGGCGACUCUCCCAGCAGGAAAUUAGUUACUUCCAGUUUCCUGGUGAGUUACUGAUGAGGAUGCUGAAAAUGCUGAUUCUCCCCCUGAUUGUCUCAAGCUUGAUGUCCGGGCUCGCAGCCCUGGAUGCCAAAACUUCCAGUCGCUUGGGAAUCAUAACCAUCACUUACUAUCUGUGGACAACGUUUGUGGCUGUGGUUGUGGGAAUAAUUAUGGUCUCCAUCAUCCACCCUGGAGGAGCAGCACAGAAGGAGAGCACUGAGGAGGGUGGGAAGCCCAUCAUGAGCUCUGCAGACGCACUGCUGGACCUAAUCCGGAACAUGUUUCCAGCCAAUCUUGUUGAGGCCACAUUCAAGCAGUAUCGCACCAGGAGUAUUCCCAUCAUUAAAUCGAACAAAGCAUCUCCUGAAAGCACCACUCGUCGCAUUAUAAUAUACGGAGUCCAGGACGAGAACGGAUCCAACGUCCAGAAUUUUGCCUUGGAUAUCACCCCCCCUCCUGAAGUGAUUUACAAAUCAGAGCCAGGUGCUAGUGAUGGCAUGAAUGUGCUUGGGAUUGUGAUAUUCUCUGCCACCAUGGGUAUAAUGCUGGGAAGAAUGGGGAACAGCGGAGUCCCUUUGGUCAGCUUUUGCCAGUGUUUGAACGAAUCUGUCAUGAAGAUAGUGGCGGUUGCUGUUUGGUAUUUUCCAUUUGGAAUUGUGUUCCUAAUAGCUGGCAAAAUCUUAGAAAUGGAUGACCCCUCGGCCAUUGGGAAGAAGCUGGGUUUCUAUGCCAUUACGGUGGUGUGUGGCCUGGUGGUGCACGGCCUGUUUAUUCUGCCAAUGAUGUACUUCUUCAUCACCAAGAAGAAUCCCAUUGUCUUCAUCAGAGGGAUCCUUCAAGCCUUGCUCAUUGCUCUGGCCACAUCCUCCAGCUCAGCCACCCUGCCUAUCACUUUCAAGUGCUUGCUGGAGAACAACCACGUGGACAGGAGGAUCGCGCGGUUCGUGCUGCCCGUGGGAGCCACCAUCAACAUGGACGGGACGGCGCUGUACGAGGCCGUGGCCGCCAUCUUCAUCGCCCAAGUGAACAACUACGAGCUGGACUUUGGGCAGAUCAUUACCAUAAGCAUCACAGCAACAGCUGCCAGCAUAGGUGCUGCAGGCAUCCCCCAAGCUGGCCUGGUGACCAUGGUCAUUGUUCUCACCUCGGUGGGGCUCCCAACAGACGACAUCACGUUGAUUAUUGCCGUCGACUGGGCACUAGACAGGUUUAGAACAAUGAUCAAUGUCCUGGGGGAUGCGCUGGCUGCUGGGAUCAUGGCCCACAUCUGCCGGAAGGAGUUUAUCAAGGAUGGUGAUGAGGUGCCAUUGAUCUGUGAAACUAAGCCUAUUAACAUCCAUCAGAUUGUGGCUUACCAGAGAAAUGGCUGUGUGAAGACCAUGAAUGAAUCUCGUGGACCAGAAACAGUGAAAGGGUUGCAGCACCAUAUACCCAUACAAGUGGAGCAAGAAGAAACUCCAGUGGAGAAUCACACUAAGAAAUCCAACAGUAAAGACCACUGCACUAUUGAAAUAAAUGAACUAGAAACAAAUGUGUGA